CCAGGAGUUUAGCAACAUGUUUGAGCGUCCGAUUCUUAACGGGCAGUGUGUGGACAGCACGGCCCAGGACCUGCAGCUGAUGAGAUACAGGAGCCAUGUUCUACACAGCCUACUGGCGGGCUUUGUACAGAGACGUGGCCACGACGUCCUGAGGGACCAACUGCCGUCCAAGGAGGAGCAUGUGAUCCUGGUUCGGCUGUCCCCCCUGCAGAGGGUGCUGUACACCGAGUUCAUGAACCGCUUCACGGAGGCCGGCAACUCGGGCUGGCUCAGCCUCAACCCCCUCAAGGCCUUCAGCGUCUGCUGCAAGAUCUGGAACCAUCCGGAUAUUCUUUAUGAGGCCUUGAAGAAGGAGAACCCCGCCUACGAACAAGACCUGGACAUGGACGACAUCGCCUCCGCCCGCUGCCACAACCAAGCCAAUCCCAAGGGCAGGCCCACGGAGAACCCCAUCCCCAUUGGAGGGCUGAGUCUCACCCAGCUGCAGGAGAAGGCCAAUCAGGUUAUCACUUAUGAAUGGGCGAAGGAGCUGAUGGCCGACUACGUUCCCGGGCUGCUGGAGAACUCGGCCAAGAUGCUGCUCCUCUUCCACCUGAUCGAGGAGAGCGUCAGGAAGGGGGACAAGAUGCUUGUCUUCAGUCAGAGUUUGUCGACACUCACGGUGAUUGAGGACUUCCUGGCCAAGAGACCAGUCCCCCCCUCCUCAAAAUCCUCAGGAUCGGAGGGAACAAAUCAGAACUGGGUCCGCAACCUCAACUACUACAGGCUGGAUGGUAGCACCACUGCAUCAGAGAGGGAGCGGUUGAUUAACCAGUUCAAUGAGCCUUCAAACACUUCAGCCUGGGUCUUCCUGCUCUCCACAAGAGCGGGCUGUCUGGGCGUCAACCUGAUCGGGGCUAACCGCGUGGUGGUGUUCGACGCCUCGUGGAACCCGUGCCACGACGCCCAGGCCGUGUGCCGCGUGUACCGCUACGGCCAGCGCAAGCCCUGCCACAUCUACCGGCUGGUGUGCGACUACACCCUGGAGAGGAAGAUCUACGACCGGCAGAUCUCCAAGCAGAGCAUGUCUGACCGGGUGGUGGACGACCUGAACCCCGUGCUGAACUUCACCCGGAGGGAGGUGGAGUCGCUUCUCCACUUUGUGGGGGAGGAGCCUGAGCCGGCCCGCCUCCAGCUGCAGCCGCGGGACGCCAUGGAGGACGUGCUCCGCAAGGUCCUGCACAUCUACCCCCACCUCAUCACCAAGCACCCAUUCCCCCAUGAGUCCCUCCUGAUGGACCGCAGGGAGGCAAAGCUGAGCGCGGCGGAGAAGAAGGCCGCCAGGAAGGGCUAUGAGGAGGAGAAGCGUUCCUCCGUGCCCUACACCCGGCCCUCCUACGCCCACUACUACCCGGCCAGCGACCAGAGCCUCGCUAACAUACCGGCCUUCAGCCAGAGGAACUGGCGCGCCCCGCCCCGCAUGGAGGAGAAACCCGUGGCUAACGUGCAGACGGUCCAGUCGACUCCAACUCCCACAAUGCCUUGCCAGGCGCCGGCUGACACCACAGCCAGCGACCCGUCUGAGGGCAGCCUGGGGGGCUUCCCCAUCAACUACCUACACAAGGCCGGGGUGUUUGUACAGAAGAUCGUCACCACCACUGACAUUGUCAUUCCUGGAACCAACAGCUCUGCAAACGUCCAGGCUCGGAUCAGUGCCGGGGAGAGCAUUCACGUGAUCAGAGGCACCAAAGGUGCGUACAUCCGUACCAGCGAUGGUCGCAUCUAUGCCAUCAGGGCUGCCAACAAGAUCAAGGGCGCUGAAGACCUCUCUACACCCCGAGAUGCCCGAAAGCCACCAGAGGAAGUAUCGAACAAUUGCGGUAAUGUGGAAGUCCCCCCGGUCUCGCCCGACGGCCAGGAUAUCAUCAGUGAGCUGCAGCGCUACGCGGUUUGCCCAGGGCUCCGUGCUAACGAACCAGCUGUAGGCACCACAGGCCCCCAGGAGAUGGCGCCAGACUCUGCCUCGUCCACUAGCACCAACCUGGCUAGCGCCAAAGAAGCUAAAACCAACGACAACAAUGGCGUCAUUGCCACGACCAAGGUUAGCAUGCUUAACCAUCAAUCGAAUGCCUCCUUGGCUAAUGCACAGCCUAGCAUGGAUGCCUCUACGGGUCAAGACCUCAGAACAAGCAGCAAACGCAAGACCACAACCCCGCCGCUGGAUAAGCGAGCCAGCCAGCUGCCCGUCCCAGACAAGCAUUCUUCAGCCUCGCUGGCUCCCCAAGGUUUCCCUGUCUCAGGAGGCUAUGGGAUCCCUCCACUAAGCCUCAACCCAGCCAUGCUAAGUGGGUCCAUGGGCCACCUGUUCCUCAUGGGGACAAACUCCCCCUUUCCCCCUCCCUACUUUCAGCAUCUCCUCGGACAAAUGGGGGAACCCCGCAUGAUGUACCCUGAGAAGUUUGGUUCAGGCACUCCCUGCUCUGACAGCGUCUUCUGCGCCUCAUCGUCAGUGUCCUCUUCGCCGUCAGUGGAGAUGGACACUUCUAGUGUAAGCGCCUUGCCUCCGUUCAUGAUGAACCCCAGCGUGGCUGGCAUGGCGGGGCUGCUCCCUCCAGGCUACCCCUUGUCCUACACCCAGUCCCUGGCCAGCCUUUACCCAGGAGCGAUGCACCCCGAUGGGCUCCCCGGCUCAGCUGCCACCCCUGGCCCGGCCGGAUCAAGCUUUCUCUCCAAGUACCCUCCCGGCAGCACCUCAAGCUCUUCCUCAUCUUCCCCGUCCCCCUCCUCUCCCUCCGCCCAUUUCAGCAGCCGUCGGGGCACAGUGCUGGUUAAAAAUGGCGGGAAUCUUAGUGCCACGGGUAGCUCCGAAGACGAUGAUGAUAAUGAUGUCAUCGAGGUGAUUGGACAGUGACAUGUGUCACGUGACUUUGACGUGACGUGGUCUUUAAACAUUGUGCGGUUGGUUUGAAGCCCUUAUAAAAUAGGAGGGAUUUCCUAUAUGCUUUAAGCAAGGCAUCACGGGGUUGGCAGCUGAAAUUGCUCCUUCAGAAGGAGAAUGACAGCUGCUCUUCGAGGGCUGUGAACUAAAAAUGACUAUCUGGCCACAAUGCUGAUUAUCACAACAAAAGGAAAAUCGAAACGGAAGAUGGAAUUGAAGAUGGAAUGGAUCACUGCGGAGAUGGAGAAAUCGGGACACACUAAAUCACUGGACUGACUACUGAGUGUUGGCCUGUAGUGCCCAUAAAUGGCCACUAGAUGUGCUGCUAAGCUUAGAAGUUCUGAGUCUAUGAAGACAGUAGUGCUGAUGGUUCGGUAAAUGGCUCUAUAAGAUUACUGAUGUAGUGAUUUGUUAAAAAACCUUUAACAGUUCUGUGGUUAGCCUGUAGUUAUGUCCGUUUAGUGGUGAUAUAUCUAUAACACAUGGUGUCAUGGUUUUGUUUGGUGACCGUCAAGUGUAGAUUCUCAGUAUUUCUUUGACCUUAACGCAGUUUGAAAAAACAAAGUACAUUUUGAAUGCCAUUCGAUUGCAUAUAUGAAUGUACUGCCACGACAGGCGUAUUGUUGUGUUAUUUGUGGGCAGAGGGUGGCCAAGAUGUUUAGCGACAACCGUUAAAAGGGCUUUGGGCUAAGCUAAGGGUUCCAUGUAGCCUUCCUUAAAACUCUUCAAUUACGAAUGUAAACCUAUUUAAUCGCCUUUAAGCCCGGCCUUUUAAAACACAUCCUCUAUUAAGGCGUCAGACGUUGCGAAGAUCCGAUUAUUUUUUCGUUUCCCUUUAUUUUGUAUAUUUAUAAAAUCUUUUUUUACAAUUUAUUUUUCAAAAAAAAAGUAAAUGUUAUUGCCGAAUGAUGAUUACGAAAGCCAGGUCACCGUGAAAUCGGACGGAGUAUCUGUGUGGCUACGUCCUUGAUAGCAGAGGCAUCAGCCAACAAAACAAUGCCUUGACAUCUGCCUCGAUCAUUCUGAAUGUGAACUGUGAGGAUGUGGAGGCCUGGGGGAAACACAUAGUGAGGCCUAAUCCCAUUUCUACCCCUUACCCCUCCCCCUUACCCCUUCAAAACAAGGGGAAGGGGUAAGGGGUAGAAAUGGGAUUGGGCCUAAAUCUCACCCGUGAUUUUGCUGUAGCCAGCACCGAUAAUGAUGCAUAACACACGGAAGCCUCAAGUCAUCAAUUCAUGCCCCAAAUAAAUCCAGAAUUUGCAACCCUUCACCCAGACAUGCUCUAUGUGACAGUGUUGCAUGUUUUUAAUGUUCUAAAGCGAGAAAAAGAUACUUGUGUGUUACUGUACAUCAUCUGCUCAUUCAGGUAUCUGUUAAUAGUCAAGUGUAGUCAGUCUGUGCGUUUUGUUUUGUUUUUCUUGUUUGUACUUUUUGAUUUCCUUGCUCAUCUCAUAAUUUGUGAAAAUUUGUGAAAUAUUCAAGGAAGUAGUCAUACCGGAAAAAAUUCAUCUGAAUGCGCCUAAGGAGGUGCAUGUAACUCUGCAGACCAAAUAACCAUGUUAUUAACAGAAUACAGGCGAUAACCAUCUGAUCACAGGGGAGCUAAAGAAGUCGCUUGGAAAAUACUGUUUAAUUUUUUUAACUAAGUCACGUAUGUGACUUAUUAGUCACGCAUGUAUGUAUUCCUGUGCACCUUCAUGUUAUACUGUUUGCGCUGCAUUAUGUAUAUGUUUUAUGUUGUAGAGUGGGUUAUGGUGGCAGUUGUGAUGUUACUGGGAGUAAUUAGAGGUACAAGCAUAUCUAGUUACUACAACGGUGAACUUACUUGGGGAAAACUGCAAGAAUCCUGGUUCAUUAUGGGUCCUCCCCCAUGCCCCAUACAUCUGUUUCUUUUUCCUGAAAGCGUAAAUAUGUUG